UUCAUAAAAUCAACACUGGUCAGUCAUUCUUAUGAAGCAGUAACAUGAGUGAAGCUGAAUGAAGUGCAAAGUUUUCCAUCAUGAAUGCUAAGACUAUUGUCAUUUUGUUCACUAUCACUAUCAUCGUCUUAAUGUUGACAAUCAACGAAGCCGAAGCUCAACGUGGAGGCAGAUGUCGUAGACGUUGUACUGGUGGUCCUCGUGACAGAUGUGUAGCCUGUGGAACUCGUUGCCCAGCUACUUGCCGUCGUCCGAACCCUGGACCAUGUACAAAAGAUUGUGUUAUUAAUGUCUGCCAAUGUCAACGUGGAUGGGUUCGUGCUCCCAAUGGCCGUUGUGUUCGUCCUAAUCAAUGUCUAAAAUCUCAGGGUAAUAAAAUGACAUUUAGCAUAACAGAAAUUUCAGAAACAAUAAUACAAAACAUGGGAAUGUUGCUCAUAACUUUUGUAUAUAAAUGCAAGAAUCAAGAUUAUCUCCAGGAAUACAGAUACUUCUUACUCUUUGAUCGGUUUAUAAUCAACGUGCAUAAGUGCAUCGAAAUGGAUACCAAUCCAAAUAAAGUUUUAUUCUUUGUAUCAGUGGCUGUGUUAUUGUUCACCUUUGAUCAAGCCUUUGGACAAGUUUGCAAUCCACCUUGCAGAGGUGGCCCCAGUGAUCUUUGUUUAAGUUGCGCUAGCUACUGUCCCAAGACCUGUGCUCAACCACAGGGUCCAGAUGCUUGCAUUGCGGCCUGCAGAGUCAAUGCAUGCGAGUGUGCACCAGGUUAUGUCCGAGCUCCCAAUGGAAUGUGUAUUAGACAAUGGCAGUGUCCAAGGAAUGAAACUGUUCAUGUUCAGCCCUUGCGAUGCAACCGUAUCUGCUCUGGUGGACCCCAUGAUGUUUGCAAGCCAUGUGGAACUCGAUGUCCUCCAACUUGCGAGAAUCCUGGACCUCGUGUUUGCACAAAGGAUUGCGCAAUAAAUGUUUGUGAAUGUCAAGAAGGAUUUGUUCGAGCACCAAAUGGACAGUGCAUUCGACCAGAAUUUUGCCCAAACCGACGUCCACCUCUCUGCUAUGCUCGUGCAAAAAAAUAACUAGUUAAUGAAUAAUUUAUUUAUUUAUUAUUUAUUUAUUCAGAAGGAGUAUUUAAUUGAACAUAGAUCAUUUUUGUAUAUUGAAUUUCAAUAAAAAAAACUAC